AUGUGUGUUGCAGUGCUAUCGUGCGGCGAGACGGGUGCGGGCGGCGGCGCGGGCGGCGGGCGCGCGCGCCGCUACGUGGGGCUCUACACCGGGCCCUACUUCGACUCUUCCGCCCCCAACAACAUCACCGCGCAGCUCGGCACGCACGCCUACCUGCCUUGCAAGGUGCGACAGUUGAGUAACAAAUCAGUGUCAUGGAUCCGGCGACGCGAUGCCCACAUCCUCACGGUGGACCGCUUCACGUUCAUCGCGGACGAGCGCUUCCAGGCCUUCUUGGUCGAAGCUACGGACACGUGGACGUUACAGGUUAAAUAUGUGCAAGCCCGAGAUGCUGGGGUGUACGAGUGUCAGGUUGGAACAGAGCCUAAGAUGAGCCACUUCGUACAACUCAACGUUGUCGUGCCAAAAAUCGAGAUCGUAGGCGAGUCAGACUUGUACGUGAAGGCCGGCAGCACGGUGAGCCUCAAGUGCGUGAUCACGCAGGCGCUGGAGGAGCCAGCCUACAUCUUUUGGUACCACAACGACGAACGCGUCCUCAACUACGAUAGAAGCCUCGUGGAGAUCCGCAUGGAGCGUCUCGCGCCUGACACUACGAUCGGAAAUUUGAUAAUAUAUAAUCCUCGACGAGAAGACUCCGGCAACUACUCGUGCUCGCCCUCAAACCUCGACUCUGCCUCCGUGGUGCUGCACGUGCUCAGUGGGGAGCAGCCCGCAGCGAUGCAGCAUGGCAACGCCGCGACGUCGCCGGCGCCGCGCCUCGCGCGCCUCGCGCUGUUGCUCGCGCUCGCGCUACUGCUGCCGUCAGUACUCGCUCAUAUUUCAGAAAUUGCUAUGCCACGACGAGGACUCGCCCAAAUAGCGCUCGCCGCUCGCCCGGCCGCCGCCGCCGCCGCCGCCGCAGCGACGCCUGUAGAGUGUGCACUCGUCGGCGCGCUCGCGGCCGCCUGCGGUCGACGACGGGCGCUCGCGACUGCGCCGGAC